GAAUGGCAUUUCUGGGCUGCAACACGUGCGCGCUUUAUUUUAUUCGAGAAUUCUGUUUUUAACCAUUAGAGUUUACUAAGUAGCCAACUAACACAGCAUUAUGUCCAUCCGGGAGAAGCUGCUGAUGAAGAAGAUAGUGAAGCGGGAGAAGAUGAAGAAGGAGCUGUCGCAGAAGAAGGGCAAGAAACAGCCCCCAGUGCCGGAGACACCCAAACAAAAUGGCAAUAAACUCAGUAAAAAACCGCAGAAGCCGAGCAAGAAGCAUGUGGAGGAGGAUGACGAUGACGAUUUAGAGGAGGACUUCCAGGAGGCGCCGCUGCCCAAGCAGAAGAAACAGAAACAGCCGCCAAAGAAGCAACAAAUUCAGGUGGCCAACUCGGAUUCCGAUUCCGAUGAUGAUGAUGAUGAGGAGUCGGAAGACGAGGAUGUGGCGGACCAAAGCGAAGAUGAAGAGGAUGCAGCCAGCGGGAGUGACGAAGCUGAGCAGGAAGAUGAUGAUGCCGACGACGAACCUGUGCCCGCCAAGAAAACGAAGCUGCUGCCCAACAAGUCGAAGCCACAGAAUGGCAAGCCAGCGAAAGACGACGAGCCUUUCACCGUGGAAUCCUCUUUGGCCGCUCUGGAUUACCGGGACUCGGAUGAUCGCAGCUUUGCCUCUCUCAAGGGAGCCGUUUCCGAGGCCACACUGCGUGCCGUCCAGGAGAUGGGCUUCACCGAGAUGACGGAAAUCCAGGCGAAGUCACUGACGCCCCUGCUCAAAGGACGCGAUCUGGUGGGCGCUGCCCAGACGGGCUCCGGCAAAACGCUGGCCUUCCUCAUUCCCGCCGUCGAGCUGAUAAACAAGCUGCGCUUUAUGCCCCGCAACGGCACUGGCGUCAUCAUCAUCUCGCCCACGCGGGAGCUGUCCAUGCAGACGUUCGGAGUGCUCAAGGAGCUGAUGGCCCACCACCAUCACACCUACGGCCUGGUGAUGGGCGGCUCCAAUCGCCAGGUGGAGAGCGAGAAGCUGGGCAAGGGCAUCAACAUUCUGGUGGCCACGCCGGGUCGUCUGCUGGAUCACCUGCAGAACUCGCCCGACUUUCUGUACAAGAACCUGCAGUGCCUGAUUAUCGACGAAGUGGAUCGGAUACUUGAGAUCGGUUUCGAGGAGGAGCUCAAGCAAAUCAUCAAUCUGCUGCCAAAACGCCGUCAGACUAUGCUCUUCUCGGCCACGCAGACGGCUCGCAUAGAUGCCCUCUCCAAGUUGGCCCUUAAGUCGGAACCCAUCUAUGUGGGUGUGCACGAUAACCAGGACACGGCGACCGUCGAUGGACUCGAGCAGGGCUACAUUGUGUGCCCCUCGGAGAAGCGGCUGCUCGUCCUCUUCACGUUCCUCAAGAAGAACCGGAAGAAGAAGGUGAUGGUCUUCUUCUCGUCCUGCAUGUCCGUCAAGUACCAUCACGAGCUGUUCAACUACAUUGACCUGCCGGUGACCUCCAUCCACGGGAAGCAAAAGCAGACGAAGCGAACGACCACCUUCUUCCAGUUCUGCAACGCCGAGUCGGGCAUUCUGUUGUGCACGGAUGUGGCGGCACGUGGGCUGGACAUUCCGCAAGUGGAUUGGAUCGUGCAGUACGAUCCGCCAGAUGAUCCAAAGGAGUACAUUCACAGGGUGGGCCGAACGGCCAGAGGUUCUGGCACCUCGGGCCACGCACUGCUCCUCAUGCGACCCGAGGAGCUUGGCUUCCUGCGCUACCUGAAGGCCGCCAAGGUGCCACUGAACGAAUUCGAGUUCUCCUGGCAGAAGAUAGCCGACAUUCAACUGCAGCUGGAGAAACUGAUUGCCAAGAACUACUUCCUCAACCAGUCGGCCAAGGAGGCCUUUAAGUCGUACGUGCGGUCCUACGACUCGCACCAGCUGAAGCAGAUCUUCAACGUGAACACGCUGGACCUGCAGGCGGUCUCGAAAAGCUUUGGCUUCCUGGUGCCGCCCGUGGUCGAUCUGAAGGUGGGCGCGGCCAAGCGGGAGCGACCCGAAAAACGAGUGGGUGGCGGCGGAUUCGGAUUCUACAAGAAGAUGAACGAGGGAUCCGCCUCCAAGCAGCGACACUUCAAGCAGGUCAACCGCGACCAGGCCAAGAAGUUUACGCGUUAGUUGUUAGACUUAGGCAGAGAUACCAUUGCGCAUUGUAAAUCUGCCUCUUUAUUUCAGUGUGUAUACAUAUAGGCAAAAGAUAUAAAACUAAAUGUUUCCAUUUCA